CGAAUAAAAUUUUAACUGCCUCACUUCCUGCUUUGAGACGCUCCUUCGCAGCGUUGCAAAAUAUUACUUUAGUUUUAUCAAAACUAUAAAGAAUUAUGAAUACGGUAUUAUCGAGGGCGAACUCGCUCUUUGCCUUCUCUCUCAGUGUGAUGGCAGCUCUUACAUUCGGAUGCUUUAUUACUACAGCGUUUAAAGACAGAAGCGUUGAUGUGGAUAUACACGUAUCCAGAGUCACGAUUAAAAAUGUGGACGACUUCACAGGACCAAGAGAGAGGAGUGAUUUGGGCUUUGUGACAUUUGACUUAACUGCUGAUCUUCAGCCAAUAUUUGACUGGAAUGUGAAGCAGCUCUUUCUUUAUUUGUCUGCAGAGUAUUCAACCAAAAGCAAUGCCCUGAACCAGGCUGUGCUGUGGGACAAGAUUGUCUUGAGAGGUGAAAAUACCAAACUAAAACUGAGGGAUAUUAAAUCCAAGUACUACUUCUUUGAUGAUGGGAAUGGUCUGAGAGCAAAUAAGAACAUAACUCUCACUCUCUCCUGGAAUGUGGUGCCAAAUGCUGGAAUCUUGCCAUUGGUCAUGGGAUCCGGACACAAGUCUCUCACCUUCCCUGAAACAUAUGAAACUACAAAGAGCUACUGAACUGUCCCAGUUCAUCCCAAACCAUGUUUGUUAAUGUUGUGCUCUGUACGAGUUUUAAUAAAAGCUGUA